AGCAUUUCUCUUUGAAUAUUCUACCCAGAGUAUUUGUAAACGGAUUCAAGGCAUAAAAUAUUUUCUUUUUUUUGUUGUAACGUUCCUAUGUUAAAUUUUUACUUGAAAUUUUGUUUUUUCUUCCAUAUCGGGUAUCGGAACCAAUAGGAAUUUCCAAAAGCAAAAAAAAAAUACCAACGAAUUGCAUCAAAUAAAAUACGUACUGACUGAAAUUAUUCACAAUUAAAAAUAAUUUGUCGAUUUGUACCUGCCUCAGUGUUCUUUCAUUUGGAAAUAAAAUAUGAAACAAGAAAAUAUCACCAAUAUUAUACAAAGGAUUUAAAAAAAUAAUAAAUUAAGGAUUUCUUUAUUUAAUUAACUUCGAUUGGAAGGAUUUUUCAUCAAAAUAUUUUUGGACCAUCAUAGCAAUUACAAUUUCAUUUACAAUUAAUACUGGAAGCAAAAAAAACCAAAAUGUUAAUGAAAACAUUUUCAAAGAAAUCAUUUUUUAUUUCAAAUUUAUUUUUAAUACAAAGGAUUUUCAUUAUAAUUUUUAUCUGUCUUACAAUUAUUAAAAUGUGUAAUGGUCAAUUACAACAGGGUAGCGGUGAUGAAAAUUGUGAAACAUUAAAAUCAGAAAUUCACUUAAUUAAAGAGGAAUAUGAUGAAUUAGGACGCUUGCAACGUACAUGUAAUGCUGAUGUUACGGUAAAUAAAUGUGAAGGAUUAUGUAAUAGUCAAGUACAGCCAUCUGUAAUAACACCAACUGGAUUUUUAAAGGAAUGUUAUUGCUGUCGAGAGAGCUAUUUAAGAGAACGUACAGUAACAUUAUCACAUUGUUAUGAUCCAGAUGGUAGUAGAUUAAUGUCACCAAAUAUGGCAAUUAUGGAUGUACGUUUAAAAGAGCCAGCUGAAUGUAAAUGUUUUAAAUGUGGUGAUUUUUCAAGAUAAACUCGCAACUAAAACAAAACAUUUACAAUAUUAUAAUUUAAAACAUUAAUAAAUGAAGAGUUUGAAUAAAUGAAAAAAUAUAUACAUAUGUAUAAUAUGAAAAAAUAUUGAGGUUAUAUAAAUAAUCCAAUAACAAUAAAUAAUUAAUUUCUUUGCAAUACAACAACAACUGCAAUAAAACCAAACCCAACAAGAGUAACGUAAUGAAAAUAAAAAGAAAUAUAAAAUAUAAAAAUGUUAACAUGUAAAUUUCAAUUAAUUUAAUUAUAUGGGAGUUACUUGAAUAAUUUAAAAAAUAUUUUAU